AUGAAGGGAGUCAAUGGCAAGCCAGGAGCAGCUGGAAGAGAUGGCCAACCUGGCAGUCCUGGGGAUAACGGACCCCCAGGCGCUCAAGGGGUUGUAGGACAACCAGGCCCUGUUGGAGAGAAAGGACGCGAUUUUCAUCAACAAAUAGGCCGUCCAGGUUCAAAGGGUCCAAAAGGACCCCCUGGACCUCAAGGCCCAAUCGGAAAUCCUGGAAUGCCUGCACCGCCGGGACCGCCUGGAGAAACGCCUGGAGAGAGAGGAAAUCCAGGUCCACCGGGAGAAGUCGGGAAGCCAGGACCUACAGGAUUUGAAGGCAACAAUGGAAAACCAGGACCCGAUGCUCAUUACUGUAGUUGCCCACCUCCAUCAUUUACUAGCAGAACAAAAAGUAAUGGUUCUGUGGGCCGUGGUCCUUAUAAUUACUACUUUGGAAUGUCAAGGCGAACUAGAGUUUAA